CUCUUUACCUGGUAUCCCUGCAGACAGAAUAAAUGAUCUUGCCUGUCUCAGAGAGAAGCAGUGUGAACCAUGUUUAGUUUAGGUCCUGACCUUACGAAUGGCUAUCCCAAUCCAUUGUUGUGCCAAGAGAAGGUAAGAAUAUAAAGUUGCUAAUUCUUGCAACCAUUCUUUCUCUUGCUCUUAUUACAAAAGCAUGGACCGCCAAAGGAGCAUCUAUGAAUGGUGCAGGCCUCCAGAGCAGCCCCUUCAACUACCCAUCUGGACCAUUUCCCAUGCAGGUAAAGAAACGACCCAAGCGUCACACAUGGGAGAGACCUGAGGAUCCAGGGUGCCGGCUACGGAGCCUGCUGGUUCGGAUCAAGGACCUGGGCUUAGGCUACAACUCUGAGGAGACCAUCCUCUUCAAGUACUGCAGCGGGAGCUGCCCCAAGGCCCGCAGCAACCAUGAUCUGACCCUCUUGAGCCUCCUGCAGAAGAGUGAGAUUCUGGCGUUGGGAGACCUCUGCUGCCGCCCCACAUAUUAUGAGGAUGUGGCCUUCCUGGAUGACAACCACCAGUGGCACAAGGUGGAGAAGCUCUCUGCUUCUGCCUGCAGUUGUGUGGGCUGAGAGCCAAAGCCCUCUGGGUGUGGGAGGCAGGAGGAAUGGAAGCAGACACUUGGAAUGCACUCAUAGUCCUAGCUGUAGAAUAAGCAAUCCUUACAUUGUAUCCGUCAAAGCCAUGGCUCUCAUGUGCGCUUUUAACAGGAGUUGCCCACCAUGGCCUCCUGCAUCUUGUCAGUGCAGGUACAUAGCCAAACCUCAAGACAAUGCCCAAGUCCUUCUGAAGUACACAACUCACAAAACGGAAAAAGAGACUGCCAUGUCUAAUCCUCCCUCCUCCUCCGCAUCACUUUACAAACUAACAUGCUGCUGAUUUGACUGAACCUUGUAUGCAUUAGGCCUGGGAUGCUGAGGUAGCACUCUGAGAGCUUAGCAACCUGAGAUAUUUAUGGAUUAUUUCUAAGUUAUUUAAUUUAUUUCUUCCAUAUAUUUGAGGAGGAACUAGCAUUUGUGCUAAUUCUCUCUCAAAUUUUAGCUCUCCCUUUUUCCUAAUUUAUUUUUGCUCAUUUUUUUAGAGGGCUGAGAUUAUUAGCCCCACAAUUGUUUUAAGAAUGACUAAAUAUGUACAAGUUAGUUUCAGUACAAUA